AUGGUGAAACUACCAAACAUCAUCUUCAUGAUGGCUGACGACCAUGCAGCCAAAUCGAUAUCUGCUUAUGGACAUGGCAUAAACUACACACCGAACAUCGACCGGCUGGCUACCGAAGGAGCAAGAUUCGAUCACUGUUAUGUUACGAACUCAAUCUGCACACCAAGCAGAGCUGCUAUCUUGACCGGCAUGCACAGCCACGCCAAUGGCGUCUUCACGCUCAACGAUAAAAUCAACAAUCGUCUCCCAAAUGUUGCCAAGAGCCUGAAGCAGGGCGGAUACCAGACUGCCAUGAUCGGUAAAUGGCAUCUUGGCGAAGGCAGCGAGCACCAACCUUCCGGCUUCGACUACUGGAAUGUUGUGCCCGGACAAGGCGAUUACUGGGAUCCCGACUUCAUCGAAAACGGCGAGGAGAUCACCAAGACCGGUUACGCUGUAGACAUCGUUACAGACAUCGCCCUCGACUGGCUCGAAAGCAGGAACAAAUCGCAACCAUUCUUCAUGAUGUAUCACCAGAAAGCUCCCCACAGAAGUUGGGAAUGGCAUCCACGAUACGCAGAUCUCUACAAGGACCCGAUCAAACUGCCCGAUACUUUCACAGAUGAUUACAAGAAUCGAGCGAAUGCUGCACGAGAGGCCGAGAUGCGUGUGGCGGAUGACCUGACUUAUUUCGAUCUCGGCCUCGUUCAACCUCAAGGAGGCCAGGAAGUCGGCGCUCUAUUCUUCCCUGGCACUUCUCUCGAACGCAAAGUUCCUAAUCCCACAGACCCUCGUAACCUAACAUUAACGGAUGCAAACACUGGCGAACUCUUCCGUUUCGAGACACAACAACAACUCGCCGAAUUCAAAUUCCAGCGCUACAUGCAACGAUACCUCCGAGUCGUACAAUCCGUAGACGAUAACGUCGGCCGAAUGCUCGACUGGCUCGAUAAAGAAGGUCUUACGAACGAUACCUUAAUCAUGUAUACCUCCGACCAAGGCAUGUUCCUCGGCGACCACGGCUGGUUCGACAAACGUUUCAUCUACGAAGACUCCUUCCAAAUGCCCCUCUUGGCCCGCUACCCUCGCGAAAUCCGCCCCAACACAAUCGUCAAAGACAUCGUCCAAAACGUCGAUUUCGCAGCCACAAUGCUCGACGUCGCAGGAAUUCGUACACCAAGUUACAUGCAAGGAAAAUCUUUCCGAAGUAGUCUUCAAGGAAAGACGCCUGAGGAGUGGGACCAGUUGGCGUAUCAUCGAUACUGGAUGCAUCGGGAUGCGAUUCAUAAUUCUUAUGCGCAUUAUGGGGUGAGGGAUGAGAGGUGGAAGUUGAUUUAUUGGUACAACUUAGGUUUGAAUAAUACAGGCACACAAGCUGGAGGAGAAGAUCAGGAAUGGGAGUUAUUUGAUACGCAAGAGGAUCCCUUGGAACUGUUUAAUGUGUACAAUGAGCCAGGUUAUGCUGACAUUGUCAAGACGAUGACGAAGAAGUUGGAGAAUAAGAUGUUGGAUAUUGGUGAUAUCUGGGUUCAUGAUGUCAGUCCGGAUGAGGCACGAGGCAUCGAAGACAGAAGAGUCUCGGAAGAAUUGAAGAAAGCGAAGAGAGAUGCCGUGAAUCAUUAA